AUGAGAAUCUGUUUGGAUGAAUUGGAGUUGAUUCCGUCGGUAUGCAUUGUCCAGUCGAAGUUGAUCAUCAUGGAUAAUAUCCGAUUUGACACCUCUUUGAUGAGAAGGAUCUUCUUGAUGUUGCAUUUGGAGGCUUCGGUAAGAUCUUUGAAGAUUUCGGGACUGGGAUGUUGGUCGUGAGACAUGAAAAUUUUGGUGUGGGGCAAAUUUUACGUUUUGGACUAACAGGGGAAGUACUCCAAGUGCGACGCUCAGAUUUUCUUUAAACUUUGCACACACGUCGGGUAUGGACUGCAUAUCAAUUCCUGA